UCUAGCUAAUGACUACACCAUGCACCAGCGAGCUUUUGACAGCUUCUCCCAACUAUCGAACCUCAAAACCCAAGAAUCCAAUACAUAUCAGACGAACACAUUUCCCCAAGUUCAGAUCCCGAAAUGUCAUCGAUUCAUCACCCCAAGCGACCCAUGGUGGACGAAGAAUCUCUCCCUGUUUCCCUCGCAAUACUCACCCUGCAAUGUCAUCGUUUCGGAACGCAUCCCACCAUUCCCAGAAACGAGCAGAGAGCUUCUGGUGGAAAGAUACUGCAAUCCGAAGAUACAGACAGAGAUACUGAAAAGCGCUAAUAACAAGGAUUGUCUCAUCCGACCAUACCUGGGUAGGAGACGAACACAGAGGACUGAGAUUCACGGAACCUCGAGAUUUGCAGCAUUUUCGUUGCGAAACUAUCCACUACAUGAAGAUCAGAUGGAGGAUAUUGGUAUAUCUACUGAUGAUAUGCAGCGCUAUGCGCGUAUGAUGGCCGAAGCAUUAGCCACUUUACAUUGGGUUGGUGAGGUUGAUGGGAAUGAUAUCGAAUUUGUCCUCGCUCCCCCACCUCCAUACGAAGGAGAUGGCACGAACGUAAUUGUUAAUGUACUCGGUGAACAUACCAUGUGGAUGCUGGACUUUGAUCUGUGUCGGUCUAUGUCCAUGGAUCAGGAUGGGGUCGAGCAAGCUGUCGCUGCUUAUUGGCGCAAUGACCCGUUUUAUCCUCGACCGCAGAGCAAGUUAUGGAGCGACUUUCGAGAACAAUAUUUGAGAACUAGUGAAUGGGUUAUUCGGCACAGGCAAACCGAUGUUGACGAGCGAUUAUCUCUCGCUCGACGGUUUGUUGAACUAAUCGAGAAGGUUAGACCAACAGUGGAUGGCAUUUGAGUUAUACUGUGGAAGAAACGCCUGUAUUAUCUAAACGAACAGUGAGCUUUAAUAAGUAUGUGAGGACACGUAUGGUGGUCGCCUGAUAGUCCGUCCAUGUAUGCGACUGUUGGGCAGCCUCACGGCUGGCCCGGCCCAGGCACAUCUCCAGUCUAAUUAUAUACUUGCAUGCAACUGAUGCAAAAGAAUCGGAUUGCAGACUCUUAAGCUCGCUACUCAGCAUCUGAUUCCCUUUGCUCGGAAGGCUAGGAAAAAUAGGGAAUAGGCAUAAUGCAAGGGGCCGAUCGGACCAGCUGUCUCU